GUUUCACAGUCACAGUCUUUCAUCUGUUAUGUUGGAGGGUUUCCUUUGACUGACUAAAUCAGUGGUUCCCAACCUUUUUUGGAUUGUAACGCCAUUUUGACAUCAUACAUUUCUGGCAGCCCCAAAGCUAUUUUUUUAUUUCUAUAAUUCGUUUUUGAUCAUUUUUGUUACACCGUGUUGAAAAUAGAGAGUAGCCAGAUUAGUGCAAAAGCAUUAUUUUCACUGAUCCCAUGUACAAUUUAAUGACUCCCAACAGUUGUGUUGACGUCAUCGUCAAAGCUGUUUAAAGAAGACAUUUUGGAAGAAGACAGUCAGAGGAGACAACACAGUGUGCCUCCUCCACUCAAAACGUUUCACACUUUUUUUCAAUUUUAGAUGUGAAAAGUAAUUUUACUUCAAUGGAGAAUGUUUCUGUUGUCAGAGUCUUCACUCUAGCAGGAAUAAAUGAGACAGUGAACUACAGAAUGACCAUUUUUGCACUAACAUUACUGUACUAUUGUGUGAUUUUGUUCUUCAAUAUCUGUCUCAUCACUAUCAUUAUUGUGGAUGAAAACCUGCAUGAACCUAUGUAUGUCUUAUUGUGCAACUUCUGUAUUAAUGGUAUUUAUGGAACCACAGGUUUUUAUCCCAAAUUUCUCUUAGACCUGCUGACCUCCAUUCCACAGAUAUCAUAUGAAGGAUGUCUGUUUCAGGCUUUCAUUAUGUACUCGUUUGCUUGCAGUGACCUGUCUAUUCUUGCAGUUAUGGCCUACGACAGGUACGUGGCUAUUUGUCGACCACUGCAUUAUCGCUCAAUUAUGUCAAAGAGGAGAGUCACUCAGCUGGUGUGUUUCUCCUGGUUAACACCCUUCUGUAUUUUCUCCAUCAGUGUUAUACUAACAUCUAGACUGAGCUUAUGUGGUUCAAAAAUUCAGAAGCUCUUCUGUGUGAACUGGGUGAUUUUCAAACUGGCCUGCAAUGAGUCUGACAUUGUUUCAAAUAAUAUUGUUUCCUACGCAACCAUUGUGAUUUAUGUGCUUCAUGGGGUUUUCAUCAUGUGGACUUAUAUGCAUCUUGUCAAAACUAGUGUGAAAUCCAUCGAUGACAGGGUCAGGUUCAUGCAGACUUGUGUGCCUCAUUUAAUUUCUCUGACCACUUUCCUCAUUAUAAUCGUUUUUGACUUGUUGUACAUGAGAUUUGCAUCCACAAAGUUACCACAAGGCCUACAGAACUUCAUAGCCAUAGAAUUCCUCAUAAUCCCUCCACUCAUGAACCCCCUCAUAUAUGGAUUUAAACUCACCAAAAUAAGAAACAGAAUUAUGUAUAUUGUCUGCAGUGGCAGAAAAUGACCUCUGACUGAAUUCUCA